AUGUUUUGCACAUUGAAUACACACAAAAUUGAUAUGAACAAGCUUUUGGGUGUACAAAUUGGUCUUGAAGAUUUUAUAUUUGCUCAUGUCAAAGGAAUAAAAAAAGAAGUGGAGGUUUUCAAAUCAGAAGAUUCACUCGGACUUACCAUUACUGAUAAUGGAAAUGGAUGUGCCUUCAUAAAGAGAAUAAAAGCAGGAAGUCUUAUUGACCAAAUAAAAGUCAUAUGUGUUGGUGACCACAUAGAAUCUAUAAAUGGAAAAAAUGUAGCAGGCUAUCGUCAUUAUGAAGUUGCUAAGAAUUUAAAGGAGUUGAAGAAGGGUCAGACAUUUACAUUAAAACUGAUAGAACCUAUGAAAUCAUUUGAAAUUAUUGAACCAAGGUCAAAAAGUGGAUAUUUUGCAGAGGAAAAAAUCUGCCGAGGAAGAGAGACUCUUCGACUAAGAGCCAAAGGUUCUGCUACAGUAGAAGAAAUGCUUUCAGAUGUUGAAGAAAAGGCUACCAAAAAAGUGGAUGAUCUUCUGGAAAUGUACAUGGGAAUAAGAGAUCUUGAACUAG